CAGUACGAGACGAGAAUCCCUGGCGAAAACACAUUUCCACACGGUCCCCAAAAGUCCUACCUGGCUCGUAGACGAUCUGGUAGUUGUGUGGUGUAAUGUGGGUUUUAAGGGGGCUCCAAAAGUAGUUUUCAAUAAUAGGAAUCCCCUUUUUUCGGAACGGCCUGCGGUAAACGGUUUUGUGUAGAGUCGUCCAUUUUUUGGCGGGGGCGCCGUGAUUUGGUUGGAUAAAUUUGGCGAUUUGUUGCUUGGAAUUCAACGCACAUUAGCUUAUGGAGCAGUUGCGAUCUUGGUAAAUCGCUUCGCGACAGUGGUACUUGGUGUACAACAUUUGUAUGCACCCUUGCACUAUUGUGCAACCAAGAGUGAAAGUGUUGCAAACUCAGUCAAUUUGUUCGAUGCUUCGUUGAGUAGUUUUUUUUUUGAACGACUAGGUGCAGUCGUUGAACAAUUUAGUAAUAGUGAAACAUGGGUAAUCUGCAAAUUCCAUAAUUACCUAUCUAAUAAUAUCCGUAAUUAAAAUCGAAUCAAUAGUUAAAAUACUAAGUGUGAAACUGGGCGCGGCGCAAUAUCAAUUCUGUAGAAUAAAUGGAUGAGCUGCUAAAAUAUGAUUUGAUUUCUGCAAGUGGAAAAUAGCCGUUAUUUAAACAACGAUAAAUGAUCAAUACAAGUCAGAUAACGAAGAUACCGAUUAUGUGACAGUGUAGUGAAACUAAUGGUUUUAUUUUUAAUUUAGUUUGUUUUUAUUUUAUUUAAACGCAAUGAAAGUGAUAAAAGUGAAAGUAAGACAAUAAUCAACUACAACACAAUUAAAUUGAAGAUUCAAAAUCUGUGAUAUGUCUAUGACAAUAAUUGAAAAAAGUGUAUAAAAGUAGUAUUUUAAAUGUGUGAAUAAAAGUUAGCUAGUUCUAAUAAGCAGCCCAAGAAAAUAUUGCAACAUCAAAGAAAAAUAAUUACUGAGCGUAAAAGUGUGACACAAACCCCAUUGGAUGUGACCGCCAUUUUGGAAACUCAAGGAUAUUUUUCUCAGAAGCCACACACUGAGUUACUCACCACUCUCGCACUGUUCGUUAUUCGGAUCCUGGGGAGGAAUCCUCAACUAUAACCCAACCUUCACCAGCUAUCGCCAUCAUGCUUCACAACGAGGAGGAGCAGCAGCUGGGGAGACCCAGCGAAAAGUUUUGCCAAUGGCGCCCCAAGCCACAGAACGGUCGGAUUAUUGGUACCUUCGCCUGCAAAGCAGCCAGGGAUUUAGUCCUAGCGGGGCUUGCGGUGGCGCUUCUACUAAUCGCUAAUGUGGAAUCCCGAGCACCCGAACACUACUACGGACGCGAAAUCGGAAGCUUCGCCACAUUUGGCCAUAAUGUAGAGGGCCGAGUGUUUGCCGUCGACGAGUCAACGCUUUAUGUCAAAGGAUUUUACUACGACGGUAGCGCCCCGGAUGCGUUCUUCUGGGUAGGCAAUUCACCCCGUCCCAGCCCCGAGGGCUACAUCAUACCCUAUCCGGAAGUAUACGCCGGACGAGAGCCCCCAUCACUAGGAAGGCACGAAAAUUCAGAUAUUAUCCUGAAGUUACCAAUGGGCAAACGCAUUCGUGACAUCCGUUGGUUGUCGGUUUGGUGCAGACGAUUCACGGUCGAUUUUGGCGAAGUAUUCAUCCCACCAGGCCUAGACGUACCGAAGCCACGUGUUCUGCCCGAGUUCAAACGCCUCGCACACGGACUCCGCUCGAGCAACAUCAGCAUCCUGGAUGCGAAAACAUUCUACAUCCCGAACCUUCACUACGAUGGUGCUGGACCUGACGCGUACUUUUGGGUAGGCAAUGGCUCCGAACCGAACAUCAUGGGUAUCAAAGUUCCUAAUGAAAUUGGCUCGCUGGAACCCCUGCGAGGCUAUCAGGGUGAAGAUAUCGAGAUCCAACUGCCCGGUAAUCUUACCGUGUACGACAUCGAUUGGCUGGCUGUGUGGUGCGUCGAAUAUCGGCACAACUUUGGCCAUGUCUACAUUCCAAAGGACCUGGACAUUCCGCCAGCACUUGGCCAGACGAAAAUAGCGACGACAUCAUCAACCGUGCCAACGGUGACAUCGUUCGGGCAUCCAACGCCAACCUCGAAGCCAUCUGUGAACUGUAAAGAACUGCUCCUAGGCAGAUUGAACGUGAUGUGGCAGGUUGUCGGAGAAUACGUUGAAAUUGAGUUGAUUGGUAGAAUCGAGGAAGAUCAGUAUAUGGCCUUUGGCAUAUCUGGCCGAAAUGGACAACCUCAGAUGGUCGGUUCUGACGUGGUGGUGGUGUUCUAUGAUCGAAAGCAACGGAAGUUCCGUGCGGAAGAUUACUACUUGUCAGCGUUGUCCCAGUGUGACGGCAAACAUGGGGCCUGUCCGGAUGAGCGGAUAGGUGGAAGAAAUGAUGCUGAGCUAAUUUCUGGAGACCGGCGUCAAGGAGUAACCAAAAUAAAGUAUCGUCGUCUUCUUCACACCAACGAAGCGGCCAGUGAUCAACCAUAUCCAACAGAUCGACAAAUUUCGGUGGUAGCGGCCAUUGGUCCAUUGAAUUCUCUAAGCGAAGUGAAUGCCCAUAACUUCAGAGAUGUGACAGUGCAGGACAUCCAGAUCAACUUCUCCUCCACGAAUGAUCACACGUGUACGGAUGCUUUGGACAGUGUAAUUGAUCCUAAAGGACCAAAGAUAUGGGCUAAACGAAUCAUCAGCCGGGAAUCUGUUAUCAACGCCAAAAUCGGUCCAACUGGUGGAAAACGGGGUUACACUCCUAUGACGGGUCACCCUUCAUGGGGAAUUGCGUGGUACCUGAACGAUAUGCUCAUUCCAGAGGUGUACGUAGAACGAGGCAAAACUUAUACAUUUAUCGUUGAAGGAGGUGAUGAUCAAACUCAACCAGCCAAAUAUCAUCCAUUCUAUAUAACUGAUUCACCAGAAGGUGGAUUCGGUCAGAAUACUGCGACGCAGCAAGAGAGAGAAACGGUAUUCGCGGGUGUAGCCUAUGACAAGGAUCGCUUUCCAUAUCCAACUGCAGUUGGUCGGUACUGUGAGUGGAAACACAAAACCGUGGACAAAUCGGAGCAAAUUGAAACCUUCGAGGAGUUUAUGACCACUUUGAAACUAGAGUGCGAUAAUCCUGAUGCACAACCUGGAUAUCUAAAUUGGACCGUGCCAUAUGAUGUUCCGGAUAUGGUAUACUAUCAGUGCUACACCCACCGGAACCUGGGUUGGAAGAUUCAUGUCGUUAACGAAGGUAUGUCGCUAGAGAUCAACGGUUCACAUGGUGUGUCCUUGGUAAGUUCGUUCAGUAUACCGCUGUUGGCGCUGACCGUGUGUACUAGUUUACUGAUGAUGCGACGACGUUUGCUAUUCUGAUAGUAACUUCCCCUAAUUGGUAAACCUGCCCAAGUUUGAGUUCGACAGUACUGUAAAUUGUUUAUCUUUUUCCAUUGCAAAGCCUGCAACGAUUAUAGAAAGGUAGGAAGUAACAAAUAUAGCUAAUGAAUCAAAUCUAGUACACUCGGUUACGUUCCAGCGGUGGUUAAUUCCAUGGCCUAAGUUAUGUUUGAUGGUUUGAGGUUGCACGACAAAAGAUGAAAGAAAUAAAGUUAUUUUUGUGUUUUAUUCCUCUCUCUUAACUUUAUAGAUUUACAGAAUACUGAAUUUGUGUGAAACAUUGAAUGAAAUAAUUAUGGUGUGGAAUAUCUUUUCAUAACAAAUUUUAAUCACGUUUUAGUUAAGCACAUUGAAGUAAGAAGAUUUCCAAGAUAUUAUUAACCGUCAAAGCUGUUGAUAAGCAACUUGUGGGCUUCGUGUCGAGCCGCUUCGAGUCAAGCGGUGUGGGUUCCAUUCCCGCUUAUGUCCGGACAACUUUUCGGUAGAAAUGUAUUUCGACAGUGCCACUGGGCGUUGCAUAACUAGUCCGUUGUCUAGUGUGGUGCUUCCUUCAAAGGGUAAAUCGUCCACUGGAAGCCUUAACGUGUCAGUGUCAUUUUUUUAACUUAAGUUUUAAUUUUCAUCUUCGCCAAUCUUGCGCCACUUGAUCGACCCAUCUUGUUCGCUGCGCACCGCGAUGGCAUGUGACGUUCAAAUACUUCUAACUAACCGCUUUCACAGGGCUAUUAUAGGGUUUCAUUCUACUUCGUCGUAAGCGCUAUUAUUCGUCUUAUCAAACUUAAAAUGUUCCACUACGGCGGAUAUUCCAACUUACCUGCAACAUAGAUUCAUUUUCCAAGUGUAUUUUUGUGAAGGCUGUCAUGGUUUGUACACUUGUUUGUAAAUUUCGGUCAGCCAAUCGGGAGCGUCUUAGAGACUCCCCGACUCAACUGCCUCAGGGUCGGCACGCUUACCGUAAUUUACCGCGGACAGGGAAUCUUCGCACUAGAAUUAGGAAAACCCACAGCACUUCACUGGUCAAAACUCCUACUUUAUUUCCUUCACAAACGCAGUUUUAUUUGGGCUUCAACCUACUCCUCGCUAUCCACUUCUUUCCCACUUUCUUAUGUACUAAUCUGACUUCGGGGCCCCUUCUUCUCACAGCUACCACCUGUCCACUCCUUCCUCUCGGCCUGGUAUCGGCCUUCGGCGCUCUCCUGCUUCGACCACGUCCGGCCACGCUCUUCUCGGGUUGGCUUGAGGGACUUCGGCUGCGGCCUGCUGGGACCCUCCUACGCGUCCUAGGCUACCGAUUUGGUGACGGAUCGGUCUUCGGCUAAUACCGAUGCCGGAAAGUACCCGGAAUAGGCCUCUAGGACGUCGUAGGGCGGUAAUAGAAAUACAGUGGUUUCUAUACCAAAAAAACGGCGGGGUCCUGGUGUCCACUUUCCACUCACUUCUUCCUCACACAACUCUUUGUUGGCUCUCUCUUAACUUUACUUUUAAAAAAUAUCUACUUUGGGUUUUGCGACUAGCUUCUUCAGCAGUAUCCGGGCAAGUGAACGUCCAGCAAUUAAAUUUUCAACCGUAGAGGCGCAGACAGACGUUUAAGCAGGAACAAAUUUAUUCAAAAUUCCUGUGUAAAUUCUACCGUGGUGUCACUUAGGGAGCAAAUUGCUGCAGUACAGUGACAGUUCGUAAAAGCACGUGGCUUCAUCUUCUCGCUUACCACCCAGUCCACCACCCACUGAACAAAAAUAUCAAAAUAAUCACUUUAAAAAUGAUUCACACAAUUGUGAUAUUUUCACGCCAAUUUAUUUUACACGAGUCACGAUCAUUCAAGGGUGUUAUACUAGCAUGAAUCUGUGAGUAAAUUAAAUGCCAACUUGUGGUAAAAAUUACAAUGGAUUUAAUUAACUUUUAC